AUGACCAAGGGAACCACAUCAUUUGGUAAGCGGCAUAAUAAGUCCCACACACAAUGUCGUCGUUGUGGCCGAAAAUCAUACCACAUUCAAAAGAAGACAUGUUCAUCCUGUGGAUACCCCUCUGCCAGAUUGAGGAAAUUUAACUGGUCAAUUAAAGCUAAGCGACGAAGGACGACAGGAACAGGUCGUAUGUUACAUCUUAAGAAUGUACACAGACGUUUCAAGCAUGGAUUCCGUUCAGGGCCACCGAAACCUGUAAAGGCUUGAUGUACAUGCUUGUGGUAAUAAAUGGUCAUGAUUGAUGCCUUUGUCUGUUCUUGUGUAUAGUACACCUUUUAGUCAGAGUGAUUAGGAUUCUAUUUUUCAAAGGUCAAAUAAACUAAUGUGACAUGAGUCUUUAGACGUAGGGGCUGUUAAUGUGAAAAUGUGUAUAGAGUAUUUCUGAUUCUGUACGCGGACGUAUCAAUCUCUUGAAAUAUCGGCAACUACUGACAGUUACAUUACGUUGGUGAUGGGCUACAUAUGUGUGGGGUCCGGUAGUACUACGUAGU